AUGGAAGCGAAGUGCAAUUUCGAUCAGGAAGAAAAGCCACACCGCUUGAGUCUCGAUGUAGGCGAUACGGUUGUAGUACUAAAGGAGACAACACAUUGGUAUUAUGGCUAUAAGCAGAGACAUAAAGAUCAGCGCGGCAUAUUUCCGAAAUCCUACAUACAUUUGUGCGAUUACACAAUCAUCAACGGCGAGUACUGUAUCAAGCGUACGGAGAUCGUUGAGGAAAUCACCAAAGUUCUAUUGGAGUGGGGUUCCAUAUUGAAGCAGUAUUUUUUGGUCACUCAUCGCGACUUCAAUUCUAUACGCACAAAAAUGAGCGAGUUAAAUAAUAAUCGCGCAUUGCUCAUAUCGGGAAAUUUGCCACUUGACGAGAUGCGAAAAGUGAAGCUGAUGGCCACAUCGCAAAUCGACACAGGAAACAGUCUGUUGGGCUUGGAUAUGGUGGUGCGCGACGAGAAUGGCGACAUACUGGAUACAAAUACGAUAUGCACAACAGAAUUGUAUGAGCAUCAUAUGAAUGCGGUGAACCGCAUUAUUAAAGCGAAUCGCCCGCAAACUAUUCAACGUUCCCCGCGUCCCCUCAACAAAUACUCGCACAAUAUCCUGCUGCAUGUAAACGCAUUCGUCUGCAAGUUCCAAGAGGACUCAGACCUCCUCUUCACACUAUUCGACGGCGAAUCACAUAAGCCGAUAAGCGAAAAUUAUGUUGUGAAAUGGUCGCGUACGGGCAUCGCACGCGACAUCGAUCAAUUCGACAAUAAUCGCGUACUAUUCACAGAUCUCAGCAAAAACGAUCUGAGUAUCUCGAAAAUGUACCUCGUCUGCUAUGCGAUACGCAUAGGUGCCAUGGAAAUGAAGGAGAACGAUUCGAAGCGCGCCAGCAUAACCACUGCCAUGUUGACACCCUCAAGCAAGAAACACUCGCAACUUUCGAUAAGUUCGAGUGGCUCGUUCAACAACACUGAGUACAUAAUGCGGCGUCCAUUUGGUGUCGCCUGCAAAGAUCUCACACCGAUACUGCAUAAACCGGAGGAUUUUCGUGGCAAUUUGGAUUUGCCGUUUAUGCUGUGCGAGAAGGAUACGCUGGAUGGGACGCUGCGCAAGCUGAUCGCCAACAAGGAUAUUGGCAAGAUCGACUCCAAAAUGGCGGUUACCAUUGAGGUGUUGCAGGGCGACAUCAAGCAAAUUAAGGAGGAUUUUCCGCGACUACUGCACACAAAUGUGCCGCUGGCGCGCAAAAUGGGCUUUCCCGAGGUUAUAUUACCUGGCGAUGUGCGCAAUGAUCUGUAUUUAACAAUAUGCGGUGGGGAAUUCGCGCGCAUUGCGAAGACCUCGGAGAAGAAUGUCGAAGUGACGGUGUAUGUGUGCAAUGAACAGGGGCAGGUUGUGCCUGGCGUGAUGAGCAUUGGCGCGGGACAUCCACCCAUUGACGAGUACAAGUCGGUGGUGUACUAUCACGACGAUAAGCCCAAGUGGCUGGAAACAUUCAAGAUACAUGUGCCUAUUGACGAAUUCAAGCAGUGUCAUUUGAAAUUCCUCUUCAAACAUCGAAGCUCCAACGAGCAAAAGGACAAAUCCGAGAAGCCAUUCGGGCUGUCGUAUGUGAAAUUAAUGCAGGACAAUGGCACGACGAUAUUGCAAGGACAACACAAUCUGGCUGUGUACAAGAUCGAUCACAAAAAGUAUGAUAAGAAUAACGCCAAUAUUUACAUGGACUUACCCUCAACGCUUGGUGAAUUGCUGGGCACCAAGCCGUCGCUGGGCGGUCUAGCCUUGCUGCCCAAAGAUCAGCUGGCAAUUUGCGUUAAUCUAUGCAGCACGAAAUUGACACAAAGCGUGAGUCUACUUGGUUUGCUCAAUUGGUCGGCGCACAAAGAAACGCUGGAGGAGUCACUGAACGCCUUAUCAAAUGUGCCCGGCGAGGAGGUGGUGAAAUUUCUGCAAGACAUACUCGAUGCCUUAUUCAACAUUUUGGUUGAAAAUGACGAUCCUGCACGUUACGAUCAGCUGGUUUUCAUGAGUAUUAUACAUCUUAUUGAGACAGUAUCCGAUCUAAAAUAUCAACAUUUUCUCACCGUUUUGGAUGUGUACAUAAAUGAGAGCUUUUCAGCGACGCUGGCCUAUGACAAACUAAUUGAUGUGCUGCAACGUAAUAUCAGAGAAGCCAUUGAGCCCAUUGAAAAGUCUGCAGAUGGUAUUGAAAUUGAGGAGCGCGUGGAGGUGAAACGGCUUUACAAGACCACCAGAUAUUUGCAUUAUGUUAUGAAAUUCGUCAUACGUUCACGUGUGCUCUUCGCGGCGAUCAACGGCAACUCGGAUUACGAUGAUUUUGCAAAUAAACUGCAUGAACUACUGGAGAUGUUCAUAAAAAUGAUUGCCUGCCCCACGGAUUUGUUAAAAUCUGAGGGAGCGCUGCUGAAAAACUUGCACAUCAUUGCCACUGAUUUAAUGAUGGUAUUCGACGAGGUGCGCUUAAGCAAUGUGAUUGUCAAUAUUUUGCGUCAGUUUCCGCCACGCCGCUUGACCCAGUCGAAAAUGGGUUGCAUCAAGGACUUUGUGGAUUCCAAAUUGUUCCUUUCGCCCGAUUGUCGCGCCGUUCUGCUACCCGUCUUUUGCAAUCACAUUAAGGACCGCAUUGAGAGCAAAGAAGAGGGCGACUCGAAAUCCGAUAUAUGGCAACAAGAAAAGAAUCUCUCGAAAGCAGCAAAAGUCCUCGGACAAUUAAAAUCACACCUGCACACACGUGAAACAACUGCCAAACAAAAGGUCAACGAAUGUAUUAUCAUAAUGAACAAUAUUCUACGCCUUUUGUACCGCAAGGACAUUGGCAAGACGCACAACGAUGUGCGUGACAUAAUGCUUAUUCUACUGCGCACCAUCAUCAAGACUUCACACGCACUCGAUCGCGAAAACCAACUAGUCGGCAAUCUGGUGGCCAUCAUGUUGGGCAUCCUGCAGCGCAUGGAUGCCGCACACUACGAUAUCUUCGUUAAGCAUCUGAACAAUCGUUUUGAGCUGCAAGAUUUCAUCAUUGAAAUACUUUUAGUAUUCGAAGAACUCGUAUCGCCACAUCAGAAGCCCGUUUUCUCACGCGAUUGGAUGGAUAUGAUAAUGCACCAAAAUACGGUUAUACUGCGCUCGUUGCAACACAUUUCCGUAGUCAUCAUCGAUCACUUUUUCGAUCCCUUCGAGAAGCAAGUGUGGUCGAAUUUCUUCCAGUGCUCCAUAGCAUUCCUUAUCCAGUCGCCGUUGCAGUUAAACGACUUCAAUGACAACAAACGGCAAGUCAUCUUCGCUCGGUACCGCGACAUACGCAAGGACACCGCGCAGGAGAUACGUAAGAUGUGGUUCCAGUUGGGCGAGCACAAGCCGAAAUUCGUACCCCAGCUGGUUGAGCCGAUACUCGAAAUGAGCAUGAUACCAGAGGUGGAGCUGCGUAAAGCGACCAUACCCAUCUUUUUCGAUAUGAUGCAGUGUGAGUAUUAUAGCUCGAAAAUGCUGCCCAACAGCUAUGGCGAUACGAAGCGCAAUCAUUUGCAUUACAAGGCGAACUUUAACGAAUUCGAAACGGAAAUGAUCGAAAAAUUGGAUAUACUGAUUGGUGCAGGCAAAGGAGACGCCGACUACAAGGACCUCUUUCAAUGCAUUAUGAUGGAGAAGUGUCAGGCGCACAAUAUACUUAAUAUCGAGGGCACAAAAUUUGUGAAUAUGGUGACAAAGCUUAUUGAACGCCUACUCGAGUAUCGCUGCAUCAUACAGGACGAGAGCAAGGAGAAUCGCAUGGCUUGUACAUUCUCGCUGCUGCAAUUCUACUCGCAGGUGAAUCGCAAAGAGAUGUACAUACGAUACGUGUACAAGCUUUGCGACCUGCAUAUGGAGUUCAACAACUACACUGAGGCCGCUUUCACACUGAAACUGCACACAGAGUUGUUGCAAUGGAACGACACAGAAUUGUCGCCCCUCUUGCGCUCCCAUCGGCAUAUGGCGUGUCGCACGCAUCGCGAACUCAAAGAGGCGCUCUACUAUGAAAUCAUAGACUACUUCGAUAGGGGACACAUGUUCGAGUGUGCCAUCGAUAUGUGCAAAGUGCUGGCACAAGAAUAUGAGAAUGAGAUCUAUGACUAUUUGAAAUUGGCGAAAAUGCUAGCAAAGAUGGCUCAGUUCUAUGAGAAAAUAUUGAAUGAGCUGCGCCACACAUCAGAAUAUUUCCGUGUUUGCUUCUAUGGUCUGGGCUUUCCACGUUUCCUCCAAAAUAAGGCAUUCAUAUUUCGGGGUGAGGAAUAUGAGCGUUUGAGUGACUUCUGUUCGCGCAUUUUGGUGCAGCAUCCACAAGCAGAACUCAUGCAGACUCUAGAGGCGCCAGGUGAGGAUAUCACACAAGCGGACGGUCAAUUCAUACAAGUGAAUAAGGUGGAGCCGCUGAUGAAUGAGAAUUUCAUAAAAUUCGAAGGAAAGAUGGUAUCAAGCAAAAUUGUCAACUAUUUUACAUCGAAUAAUGUGCAAAAAUUCCAAUUCUCACGUCCCUAUCGCGAAAGCAACGGCUGUGGCGUGGAUGAUGUGCGUAGCCUCUGGUUGGAAAGAACAGUGAUGACCACAAGUUAUCCGCUGCCAGGCAUAUUGCGCUGGUUUCCACUUGCAGACACGAAAAAAUUCAAGAUAUCACCCCUCGCUUUGGCUAUUGAAACAAUGAAGAAGACCAAUAAGGAUAUACGCGACCUGAUUAUUGAGCACAGGAAUGAUGAAACAUUGGCCAUAAAUCCGCUUAGCAUGAAAAUCAAUGGCAUUGUCGACCCAGCAGUCAUGGGUGGCUUUAACAAGUAUGAGGAUGCCUUCUUGACAUCUGAUUAUUUGGAUGAACACCCCGAGGAGAAACAUCUAGUGGAGGAAUUAAAAGACUUAAUCGCCUCGCAGAUACCACUACUCGAAAUUGCCAUAACAUUGCACAAACACAAGGCCCCCGAAAGCUUAAAACUCUUCCAUGAACGUAUGGAGCAAUGCUUCGCUGAUAUGCAGGCGAGUGUAGAAAACAAAUAUGGCAAGAAGACCUGUGACUUGAAGCUAGAUCGCGAGUCGGUGAUUAUGCGUCGCAAUGGCUCCUUCCUACCUGGCAUGUUCGAGGGCAAUAAUCGCUUAUCGGAAACGAGCAUGGGCUCGUCAGAUAGCGGCUUGUCGAAAUCUACUUCCUCGACACGUCCACAAACCAGUUCGAUAAAAUCAACAUUCGCGAGUUUCAAUUUCAACCCCAGACCUAGCCUCGGCCAUUCGCCCAGCACAAAAAGCAAGUCUAAAGAGAAAACGCCCUCAAAACGGCGCUCAAUGAAAAAGUUGGAUCGUGAAACGCUGAGCCUACCAGUUGCCAAUAGUCAGUGGUAUAUGUCACCACUGACAACAAUAACGGCAACACCCGAACGGGAGUCAAUUACAUCGAUUGCAUCAAUAACAAGCGCCUCCAAUUCCUCUUUAACAGCUAAAUCACCAGAUCCGAAAGUGUUGACGCAAGAGUUAACCACAAAGCGACCAUUGCGUUCUGAGAAGGAAAAGGAACGACGUUUGUCACGCCCUGCCAGCAUCGCCACACCGACUACUGGCAUGAAAGGUUUCUCCGGUACUGAUGCGCAUUCAUUGUCGGGUGCGGAUAGCAGCAAUCGUAAUUCUGUUGAUACAACAGAUUCUACUUCGGAGGAGGACCUAAUACCACCCCCACUACCAGCCAAAACUCGCGAUUCAACCGAUUUUAGCAGUUUUAACUACAGUAUUGAUUGGAAUCCCAAUUGUUUCCCUUUGACUCCAGUUAGUCCCAGCACAAUCACCACCAGCACUACUACCGUACAACACACCAGUAUUACAAACAGUGCGUACGAAUAUGUUGAGGCCAGAAAUUUCGUGCUCGCCGAAAAACGGCCACCUACGCCACCGCCAAAACCCUCGCGCAAUAGCAAACACAUUCCAUAAUUCCGGUGUAGUAGAGAGUGGGAAAAUUGCUAAAAUAAUGAACAAGAACGAUUAGUAAAGAAGUAAUAAACGCUGUGAAAGUGAAGCCAUACAAAAAAAUUGAUAUUUGAGUGCGUACAGUGGAUGUGUGAUUAUAUGAUUAUGCAACUAGUAAAUGGUCAGUUCGACAUACGCACGUGAGCUGAAGGAAUUGAUGUGUAACCGCAGCAAUAAUAACAAAUAAGUGCCAAAAAAUAUAAUAAGAAAAAUAACGAAAAUUGCGAGGAUAGAAUAAAUUUCUGUCGCAGCUUAGGAAAAGCGGGGCGGGGAGAAGAGUGUAUCGCCAGCAUUUUGCCGAGUACACAAUUAUUAGAACGAUACGAACACGCAUACCGAUGAUAGCAGCAAUAUUUAUAUAUGCAGUACUUUAAUGCAAUGAUUGAUAUUAAGUAGAAAGUUUAGAGAGAGUAGUAGAAGUUUUAUUUGACAUAUUCGUGGUACCAAUGAAACGCGUAAGCAGUCAAAUUGUAAACUGACACGUUUACUAGUAUAACAUAUUCGCUUGCGAAUAUCAUCGGUAUUAGCUAACUAAUUAUUCAAUAAUAACUAUUGGUCUUCCUAAAUUAUUAAGUAUACGCAUACAAGCGCAAUCAUGUGUUUCUUGUAAACCCAUAUACCUUUUAAUUAAAAUUUUAGUUAAGGUUAUUUCAAUUAAUGAUGUUCAUCUACAAAAGUAUUGAUGCAAUUAUAUAUAUGUAGUAGUUAAUACUUCUUUAGUUUAAGUAUGACGACCUCCACAAGCCAAUUAACGGUUUCGAAGAACAUACUUCAACUGAAUUUAUUGCAGCAUGAUUCAGUUUUCGUGUGAAACAAAAAAAAAAAUGUUAAAACUUAUUUUUAAAUAGAGAAGGUAAAACUUUUAACAUAAAAUAAACAAGAAAAUGCAAUGAACUUGUUGCCGCACAAAAAAAUGUUGAACGGAAAUACCUGCACUUACAUACAUACGUACAUAAAAACACCGAUUGAUUUGUUAUUUCUUAUGAGAGAAGUGCCACGCAUUAAUUAAAUUUUUUGACAUUGUAAACAAACACUAUUUAUACAAGUGCAUCUAUUUACACAUACUUUUAAAUUUUAUAAGAUUUAAAAAAUAAAUAUUCUAAUUAUAAAGCAAACAACAAAUCUUACUAAAUAAGCGCACAAGUGCAAAUCUGCAUACGUACAUACAUAUUUUCAAUUAAUAUUGUAAAAUAUAAAUUUUGAAAAAUUUCGUUUUUAUACACACAAAUGUAUGUAUGUUUAGCAAAAUAUGAAUUAGCUUAAGUUGAAGUUUUACAUAUGUAAGUGCAUACCUAUACACGAUUUUUAGGACAUUGUGUUUUUUCUACAAAAACAUUUACAAUGGCAUAAAAUUUACAAUUUUUUAUAAAACAAAACAAUAUAGACAGGAAACAAUCAAGCAGGCCGCAAUCGUUGGUCAUGUUAAAUAUUUUUGAAGUAUUUUGCACAGAAAUGCAAUCGAUUAUGUUGCCUUAUCUACAUACAUUCAAUCAGUUUUAAUUUAUCGUAAUUAUUCGCUAAAUAAUAUUUCAUUUGUAGUACCUAAUGCACACCGUACUCAAAUAUGUUGAGUAAAAAGAAAUAUUUUAAGUUUAUUUUAUUUGUCAAUUUUGCAACGACAACUCAAGUAUAUACAUAGGCCUUAUCUUUGUUUAAUGUAAAUUUUUUUAAUUUAUAUGUUCACCAAAGAUUUAUUAAAUUUAAAUAAAACGACAAGUCA